CAUAAUGAUGACGCGCGAAACGUCAUUUUUCAUCGUCGGAGUAUUGCGGUUUUGUAAUUUUCAACUGGGUUACAACAGGCAAAUUAAUCAAAAAAAGAAGCGUCAUUCAAAAUGUCUCUUUUACGUGUUUGCUGUACUACAACUAGAGGUUUUGUAAACAGGGGAUUGUUUUUGGAGUCGACUUUAUUAGAAUGUCAAAGAGCAGCAGGAUAUGGAUCUGGUGGGGUGAACAAAGAUAAAGAACCACUAAAGAAAGCGAAAACACCGCAAGGACGCUUUGACAUGGACGAAAAUGAGUCAAACUUUAAAGACGUUCUUGAAAGAUUUCCAGAUGAUGUGAAUCCAGAAACCAAGGAGAAAGGUGGUCCCAAAGGCCCAGAACCAACACGAUAUGGGGACUGGGAGAGGAAGGGUCGUUGUAUUGAUUUUUAGAUCACUGUAAAAAUAUCCAAAGUUUUCAUUUUAUCACUUAAAUGGACACCUGUUAAUCACUGUUUUGUAUAUACAAAAUAGAGAAACUCUAGACCAGAAAUUAUUCAUCACUCUUCCUGAAGUUAUGGGCCUACUUUUGUAGUAUGGUACUAAACAAACAAUUUUGUCUUUUGUAAGUGGUUUGAUUUAGCCUGUUUGAAAUUUGAUUCUGAUAUUUUUCCUAUUGGAAACGGCACAAUUUAAUGUGUUUGCAAAGCAUGUAUGGUUUAAUGCAUGAACAAAGUCAUUAUGUUUAUUCAUAAUAUUUUGUAACAUUUUAAACAUUUUAGGAAGUUUUAAAUGUAAAAACUAAAUAGUUUGAAAUGUGACAAAAUAUUUAAUAAACAUUUCUGUUUAUUAAACAUUUUAAUAAACAUAAUGGUUACAAUUACAUAUAUUUAUUAUACUUUGGUGGAAAAUAAUAUAAAUAAAAUUAUACAUUUUGACAAAGUUU